CAAAGAAAGGAGGGUAAGGGGGGCGAGAGGGAGAGAGGGCUCCCAAUCCUGCAGCUACCAUGUGGCCCCCAGCCGAUCCCGAGCCCGACAGGGCCUCGGAUGGCCCCCAGACCCAGAACCUGCGAGCUCUGCUCCCCACGCGGGAGUUCUUGUGCUCUCGCAAGGGCCGGCUCCUCCUAGGAGAAUCGGUGCUCUCUUUCAUCAUCUUCAUCUGCUACAUGGCGUCCUCAGCAGCACCCUUCCUGACGGUGCCCCUCUUGAUGUUCCUGCUGGCCCUCGCUUUCCUCUUUGGCUACUUCCUGAAGAUCAACGAGAAGUUCUCAGGAAUGUGCUGGCCUCUCUCGGACUUCCUUCGAUGUGUCAUAGGCGCCAUCAUCUACUUUGCCAUCUCCAUCGCUGCGGUCUCCAAGUAUUCGGAUGGGGCUGCCAAAGCAGCUGGAAUCUUUGGCUUCAUUGCCACCAUCGUGUACGCCAUUGACUUCUACGGCAUCUUUAAUGACCUGUCCAAAUUUCUCAAACAAGGAAAUUCUGCCAAUGACGCAGAAGCUGAAAAAUCAGAAGAGGAAGACUCCAAUUCCGAUUCUGACUGACAACCAGCCGGGCUGGACAACACUACCGCUCAAGCCCCCAAGGGAAGCUCAGUGGAUGCCUCCAAGAGCACUGCGAGCUGGGAAUGAGGUUCUUCCUUCUUACAUUGGCCGCUGCCUCUCAUGCCUCUCCAUCCCUGUUUCCCGAGGGGCUGUGGCGAACAUGACUCUCUCCCCUCUCCCCUCUCCCCUCCAAACAGACUGUAUUAAGUUGUUUCAGUCUGUAGUCUACACACCUCUCCCAUGUCUGUGUCUUUUCAGCAUCAGGUUUCCUUGCCAACCUUGGUUUAGCAGACCUAACUACAAUCCUGGAUUUUAAGUGGAUCAUAAUGGAGAACUCGCUUAACACAAAUGUCUCUCCCAAUCCUUUGAGCCAUUUAGAUUUCUGUGUCAGAGAUGAAUGCAAUACAACGGAAGCCUCACGUCUAUACCUGCAUUCAAGUCCAACAAUGCCGUAUAAAGUCUUGCUACCUCGGUUUUUACCAAGCUUUUUAUAUUCCAUGUGAUAAUAUCUAUUGUGGCUUGACUGUCCCCAGGAAUCUUCAGGGCAACACACUCAACGGGUUUACCAAAAGAUUAAUAAUACAUUUGCCAAGCAAGGGGAAUCCCAUUUUCUGUCAUUAAAAAAACUCUACUUCCUACUGUCCCCUUAUGAGACAGAGGAGGAAAACUGGGACCUGGGGGACUUUCCCAAGAUCACAUAGGGAGUCACAUUUCUUUAAAAGAUUAUUGUUGUGCCUUAGGUGUUCACUUAUCUUUAAAGCAGACUUCCUUCCUCAAUGACAGUGGACAAAACAAUUAACUUUUCAAUGCCUCCAAGCAACUCUAAGACUGUAUGUUACUGAUGUGUUGUUGAUACACAUCAGUGGACAAUUUCCACAGAGCAAGAGGCCUAUACUAAUUAAGUCAUAGGCUUGUUCUUCACCCUGACAUAUCAAUCAAUAACCAUUUAUGAAGCACCUAUGAUGUACAACCAACUGUGCAAUGUAUAGAGACCUCUCUCUCUCUCUCUCUGUUUCUCUCUUAGCACACGCACACGCAUGCACACACACACCCCAGGCCUUGAGGCAAUACCCACUUGAGUCACUUGACAUUUUGAAUAAUAGUGGUCUUUCUAAAAAUCUACUAUUAGUUCUUUUCUCUAAAUUCUUGAUACACAGGGUCAAUUCUGACAUCUUUCAUUUCAGAGAGUGGAUACUCAUCACUCCAUUGGGACCUGUACAAGCACACCUAAUUCCAGAUGUGAGGGUAGCUGGGAUGUAGUUCUAAUGGCCUAAGGAAGUGAGCUGUCAUCCUUCCAUAGAAAAGGACACCAUCCCAGCACUCUUCAGAAUAGAUAAUACAUUAUCAAAGACUAAUCAGAGCAGGAAGGAACCUCAGAGGCAAGGUGAUAAACACUUUGCAUUUCUUUUGGGCUCUAAGGCCUUCUUCAUAACCACCCUGUGGGUAAGGUGGUACAAGUAAAUAUUAUCCCCAUUUCACAGAUAAAGAAACUAAAACUCAGGGGAAAGAAAAUCGGCAGCAGAUUCACAAGAUGACUGUUGGUAGCCAAACCCUUGUUCCAAAUGGGUACCUGCUAGCAGGCUAGGGGCACUCACAGAGCAUAGAAGACCAAAGAACUGUGGAAACUACAAUGUAGCCAAUGACUUUCUCCAGGGAUGAGAAGGACCGUCUUUAAUCAUUUCAGGAAACUGUGAUAUUGUAUGUAUCUCUCUCUCUCAAGUAAGAUGUUAUAAACAUUUUUAUAUAAAAUUUAAGCCUGAAAGCUUUGCAAUAUACAUAAGCAAUCCCCUAAGUAAAUGGCCUUUGCUAUGACUUGAGAACGCAUAUGAAUGUUUAAGUGCCUUCAAUUGGUAAGGUUUUUCACUUGUUAAUAUACUGCAUGUCAAUCUACCAUUCCUGAAAAGUCAAGGUGGAUUAAA